AGUGCAAUCUUCUCUGUUCAACAUCGUAACUGCAAGCAGACGCGGAGAUACGGAAUAAUAUGCAAAUAUUGUCUUGCAUAUUUCUUCGCCAUUAUGCGAGACUAACCACAAGCAUGUACGGUAGAUUUUGCAAAAUCGGUGAAAUUUACACGUGACUGAACCCGCAGCGACUACUUCGAUCCGUUGAACUCGCUGGGGUAUGGUGGAUAUAUUAAAUUACCGAUAGUCAAGAGAACGCCGUACCAAACAAACAAAACGAAACAAGACCAAAUCGAAUCGAGCCUGUCAAAUCGCCAAUCUGCCGCCGUACCGUAACGUAAUGCCAGAGUCGGUGGGUCCGAGAGGGAAGUUGUAAAAGUACUUUAACCGGUGUGUGGUGACGCCCUUUCCCGGGUCGGCCUGUUCGAGUGGAGCAGUGCGGCUUCAGUUUGAUUUGUGUGCUUGGCCAGUAAUGUUGUGUCUACGGUAGAGUGACCACGCUCUUGUUUAGCCGUAGUGGUAGCUUUGCCUUUUGGAGUUGUAAUUGGGGAAACAAACACUACGAUACGGCAUUGGGGUGGUAUCCAAACGUAAACUAGAGUGAUAACAAGCUGCGCGUGGCGUUUCAUAGUGUGAAUGGAAGCAGUGAAGCCUUUGUGCGGAUUGGUUUUUGCAAGCUGGCUGUCAAAACAUAUGGGAAUAGUUUCUUCCAAAACAUCCGCGAAUCCUGCUGUUAUUGUAUGAGAUAAAAAACCAUAACAAACUGUACCAACUGGGAAGUGGUGUUAACAAGUAAAAUAGUCAUCGAUAAAGAAUUUUCUACCUCGUGUGAAAAUGCACACGAUUGCAGCGAACAGCUCUCGAUGAAUUAUAUCGUGUGGAUAAGCAGGCGGAUACACCCGUACACGUGUCAGCUGAGCGUCUGUAAGCAGUAAAAUCGGGACCAAUAGUACGAAUCCUACUUGAUGCGCGAUUCGAGCCUGGAAUAUCAUACCAACACCACGUUAGCCCAUGAAUUGCUAAACCGGACACGAAAUGACAGAACAGUCCGGUUUGGUUGAUAGGAAUCUGACACAGAAUGGGACAAUCGUUACAAAAUCAUAUGGUGCAACAGACGAAAUAACGACACUAGCUGCCGCAGCUGGAGCCCCCCUACCGGGUGGACCUGGAGAAGGUCCUCCCACGGUCGAUCCCCAGAUGGAUAAACGAUCGACGUUGAAAAUCUUCGAGAAAAUUGGCUUCGGUUUGGGCCACGUGUACAAUGAUCUGUGUGCUGGGGUUUGGUUCAGCUACACGUUGCUGUUUAUGCAGGGUGCUCUCGGAAUGCCAGCAGCGGAAGCCGGCGCUCUGGUGAUGCUCGGGCAAGUCGGUGACGCUGUCGCGACGCCGAUAGUCGGAUUUUUAACCGACAAGCAUGGAACCAAAAGACAAUGGCACAUAGCGGGAACGCUAAUAGUGUUUCUCACUUUUCCCAUGAUAUUCUCGCUGUGUCCGUGGUGUGAUGUGGCUCCGCACUGGUGGGAGAUCGUUUACUUUGUCAUUGUGAUAUUGCUGUUCCAGUUUGGUUGGCCAAUCGUCCAAAUAACUCACCUGGCCAUGAUACCGGAACUUUCAAAAUCUCAAAAAGAUCGAUCGGAUCUAACGGCCGUUCGCUACUCGGUCUCCAUCGUUUCCAAUGUGGUGGUGUAUAUUGUAACCUGGGCAGUUCUCCGAAGCCGUACAACUGAAGACAACCAGAUUGGGGCCGGCGAUGCGUACCGGUUCCGAGAUAUCGCAUUAAUAUUAACUCUAGUCGGCGUUUCUAUGUCUGUCCUGUUCAACUUCUCGCUCACCUUCACCGGGUAUGAGCACCGUAGACAUGCUGCCUUGCAGCACAACGUGAUCAAAGGUGCCGGCAGCCAGCGGAACCGCGACCCGGAAACGCAAACUUUACUACAAUCCGAACAAACCGAUGCAGAAGCUGCAGGAUCUGCAAGUGUAGUGGCCAACGGUAACGUUGGGGCCAAAGAUGAUAUUGUUUUUAGAAGACCGAAAAAAAAUUUCUUCAAAUCUCCGCUACUCUAUCAAAACGCACUACUUUAUGUAUUCUCUCGUCUAUUCAUGACAACUUCGCUCGUGUACAUGCCAUUGUGGCUGGACGAACGAGCCUUUCAGCCGGACCCGAUCCAGAAUGCCAGCGUGGAGCAUCUUGCCACGGUUCCGCUAGUAUCAUUUUUAGCUUCCUUUAUAGCGUCGUUAGUACUCAAGUACACUAACAAGUACGUGGGCAACAGUUUGGUGUAUUUUGUUGGCUCGGCUAUAAGCCUGAGUGUAUGCAGCUGGAUAGCACUUUCCAAAGGUUCGGCUACCUUCAGCACCAUCCAGUUAAUGGCGAUCGCGUCACUUUUCGGUGCAGGUAGCUCGAUAACGAUGAUUAGUAGUCUUUGCAUAACGGCUGAUAUGAUUGGUAAACAUGCCGAUCAGGGUGGAUUCAUCUAUUCCGCAGUCACGUUUACUGAUAAACUGAUAACGGGGGUCGUGGUGGUGAUUAUUGAAUCUAUGAAAUGCCGUGACCGUAACGAUUGUCCCGAUUAUUACCGAAGUGUCCUAGCCUAUGCUUGUGGAACAGCUGCCGGGCUUGGCUGUGUUACACUUGCCACGCUGGUGUGCACCAGCAGCCGAAGAAGACGCGCGCAGCGCACGAGAUGACGUUAAGCAUUCCCGCCAAAAAUAAUUUAUCAGCAUUAUGGAUAACUUUAUAAGUGAUAGCAUACUUUUACGAAAUCUUUGAUCCUGAGUGUAUAUAUUUCUAGGUUUUACCCCUAUGAGUUUCUAAUUAAAUAAAAUCGAACAUUAUUGACCUGAA